GGCCGUAUGCAUCAAAUACUCUUUCCAUGCCCUCCCCUUUUCGUCUCGUCUUUCUGGUUUGCUGCCCUUGGGCUGCCGUCCUUUGUGUGUCUGGUAUGCCGAGUCAAGGAUACUGUAGCUGUGCGAAGCUGGAAUGCCAGGGCAGUCUUCACCAGCUUCCUGUGCCCCCCGUUUUCAGCUCUGGUAGAGAUCAAUUGGGCAGGCAGAGAAAGGCGAGAUCACGAGGAGGAGAAGGAGCUCGUGGAUUUGAGUAUCAACGCAGCAAUAAAUGACACUGU